GGAGGCUCGCGCCGCGUCUCGCGAGAACUGCACCGCCCCCCCCCCCGUGCCGUCCCGCCCCCCGCGCGGCGGGUGAGCGAGCGAGUGAAGAAUGCGAGACCUAACGGCUCAGGUAACGAGCAGUCUGCUGCAGUUUCCAGAGGUGACUGUUGAGGCACUUGGGGAAGAUGAGAUCACCCUAGACUCUGUACUGUGUGGGAAGUUUUCUGGAGGUAGAAGUGGCCUGGCGUGGCUGGCGUGUGGCCCUCAGCUGGAGGUGGUGAACUCUGUGACAGGAGAGCGGCUCUCUGCGUAUCGCUUCAGUGGAGUCAAUGAGCAGCCUCCCACUGUUCGUGUGGUGAAGGAGUUUUCCUGGCAGAAGAGGACCGGACUCCUGGUUGGGUUGGAGGAAGCAGAGGGAAGCGUUCUCUGUCUGUACGACCUUGGGAUCUCAAGAGUGGUUAAAGCAGUUGUUCUUCCAGGAAGGUUCAGUCAGCAUAGUCAGGACACAGGUAUUGCUAUUUGGACUGUUAAUUCUCAGGCUGUGAGUAGGAGUAAGGAUCUAGAAGUUGUCACUAGGAUUCCUGCUGAAGUUCCACAAAGAAGAGAAGCUGUGACCAGAGAAGGGAGGCAUCUCUGUUUUCAAUUACGAAGUCCUUCAGGAACAGCAGUAUCAACCCUGUGCUGCAUAAGCAGAAGUAACCAGCUCGUUGUGGGUUUUUCUGAUGGCUACCUGUCGCUAUGGAAUAUGAAAUCUUUGAAGAGGGAGCACCACUCUCAGCUUGAAGGAGGAAGGAUUCCUGUCUAUGCCGUUACUUUUCAAGAGCCUGAGAAUGAUCCUCGCAAUUGUUGUUACUUGUGGGCUGUUCAGUCUACACAGCAAAGUGAAGGCGAUGUUGUAAGUUUGCAUCUGUUGCAGUUAGCAUUUGGUGACAGGAAACACCUGGCAUCAGGACAAGUCAUGUACGAGGGUUUGGAAUACUGUGAUGAAAGGUACAGUUUAGAUCUCACUGGUGGAAUCUUUCCCCUGAGAGGGCAGACCAGCAAUACUAAAUUGCUCAGCUGUCAGACCAUAGAAAAAUAUCGCAACCAUGCUGACCGAGAGGAUAAUGUUAAUGAAGUAAUCUCUCCUGAUACCAGUGUAUCAAUCUUCAGUUGGCAAGUGAAUACCUAUGGUCAGGGAAAACCAUCUACUUAUUUGGGUGUGUUUGACAUCAAUCGCUGGUAUCAUGCACAAAUGCCAGACUCACUGAGGCCAGAAGAACUCCUUCAUGAUUGCCCCUAUUUUGCACUGUGGUCACUGGAUCCUGUAAUGAGCAUGACUUCUCCAAACCUCAUUUUGGAUAUUCUGGUACACGAGCGUAGUCUGAGUCGRGGAGUUCCUCCUUCUUAUCCACCACCUGAACAGUUUUUUAAUCCAAGCACCUAUAAUUUUGAUGUUACGUGCUUGCUCAACUCAGGAGUUGUUCACAUGACUUGCACCGGCUUCCAGAAGGAGACUCUGAAGUUUUUGAAGAAAUCAGGUCCUUUAAUAAGUGAAACCAUUCAUGACAGCUACACUCGGUGUCUUGUAGCUGGCUUGCUGUCUCCAAGACUGGUUGAUGUCCAGCCAUCCAGUUUGAGUCAGGAGGAGCAGUUAGAAGCGGUGUUGUCAGCUGCUGUCCAGACAGGUUCUUUAGAACUUCUGACAGGCUGCAUUAAACAUUGGACUUCUGAAGAGCAGCCAAGUUCUGCUGUUAAUUUACGGUUCGUUCUUGAGUGGACGUGGAACAAAGUGACCUGUACAAAAGAUGAACUGGACCAAAUAUAUGAUCACAUGCAUUUGUCUAGACCUUUCUACAAUUACCCUCUGAUUCAGAGCUACUAUACAGACCACCGCCAGAAACUCGAGYGUUUAUCGAGAGGCAAAUGGGAUUCUGACUGCCUGAUGAUUGAYGGAAUGGUUUCCCAGCUGGGAGAGCAGGUUGAGAAGCUGUGGCGRAGAGAUGAAGGUGGCACUGGSAAAUACCCACCUGUUAGUUUACAUGCACUGCUGGAUCUCUAUUUGCUAGAAAGCAUUGAAGAAAGUGACAAACAUGCAAUUACAAUUUACUUGCUGCUGGAUAUAAUGCAUUCCUUUCCAAAUAAAGCAGAAACUUCAAUUGACUCGUUUCCAACUGUGUUUGCCAUCCCUUGGGGUCUUGUUAAGCUUAUUCAAGGCUUCUGGCUUCUAGAUCACAAUGAUUACGAAAAUUCCCUGGCCCUGCUCUUCCAUCCAGCUACGGUCAAAACUGUGUCAUGGCAACACAUGAGGAUAAUUCAGUCCCUCAUGUGCCAGGGAGAGCACAGGCGAGCCCUCAGGUACAUCCAGAUGAUGAAGCCGUCGAUGUCCAGCAGCAGUGAAGUGCGGCUGCUCCUCACCGUGUUGUUGUCCAAUAGGUGCAUGGUGGAGGCUUGGGGUCUGCUGCAGCAGCACACCACGAAGCUCAACAUAGAAGAGCUUUUAAGGCACAUGUAUGAAAUCUGUCAGGAGAUGGGGCUCAUGGAAGAUUUGCUGAAGCUGCCCUUCACAGAUACGGAAAAAGAGUGUUUGGAGAAGUUUUUACAGACCAAUGCUGGUGUUCAGAAUCGUGAAUUCCUUUUAGUCCAUCAUCUGCAGCGUGCCAACUACAUCCCAGCACUCCAGCUGAAUCAGUCCAUGAAGGCUAGUCUAACGAACGAUCGUGAUCCUCGCUUGAGGGAGAGAGCAGUUGCCAGAAAUUCUCUAUUAGAUCAAUAUGGCAAGAUCCUUCCCACAGUUCAGAGGAAGUUGGCARUAGAGAGAGCCAAGCCGUACCGUUUGCCUUCAUCAGUUUUAAGAGAAGUCCCAAGGCCAAGGCCUUUAUCAACUGUAACAAGGCAAGCUAAUGCAGGAAAUGUGCAUACAAGAGCAACUUUUAUCAGUAAGGUGUUGUCCAAAAUUGGAGAAGUAUGGUUAGGAAAUGAGCAGAAAACAAAUACGUCACAAUAUGAUAGUCCUAGAAUUACAGAGCCACCAGUCAACACACAUCCUCYCCCUGGUGCAGAACUGCCCGAUGCAUUUCUUGGGACACCUAUUACCAAACUUUCUCAAAAAUGUUCAAGAUUGCUGGAUUUGGUGGUUCGUCCUGUUCCUUCUCACUGUGUGGCACAGGAUGAGAGCUGGCAGUCCCCAUGCAGAGCUUCUACUUCUUUCAUGGCAUCCAGCCCCUUGAGAUCAGAUACACAUCACUCCAGCUCCCGAAAGAAUCUUCCAAGAGCAUCAGAGCUGAAUUUACUGGAAACUCCUCGUGUGGUCAAGAGAGCUAAAGUUUUGGCCACAUCUUCUGGUUUUCCUGGGUUUACUCCUCAGUCUAUUCUCAGGUCUAGCCUUCGCACUACACCCCUAGCAACUCCCUCUGCAUCCCCAGGACGAUCAGUUACUCCUCCUCUACGAGCCAAGGAACCUAGAAUAUCUUUCAGGGAAGAGAGCUCGAAUGCCAAGUGGACUGUUGGGGUGACAGAAGAUGAUAAAGCACUGUUUGGAGCUUCAUCUGGGCAUCAUCAUGGCUUGGAAGAGGAUGCUUGCUCUGAAAGCAAAGAUAAACCAGCUCUGUUUACUCCAAGCAUGCCUGGGGAUGGUCGUGCUGAAUUGCAGGAGUCUUCAGAAAGCAUAUGUGGAGGUGAUUUAGAGAAAAUGGAUGUCAGCAAAGAAAAUAGUAACKUCUCUGUCAGAUCAGACCAGACUACAUUGGAGUAUCAUGAUGCAAAAUCACCUGGUGAUUUUGAAGAUGAUGUCAUCUUUAUAUCUGCUAAACCAGCUAACUCUUCCACUGAAGAAACUGCUGAUGUUCAAGAAUUGGAGAAGGAAGAAGAAAGUGAAAUGGUUGAAGAUGAAUCUUUCCAGAUGGAACAACCAGAUUCUUCAGAACUAAGAACAGAAGCAGGAUUUGUGGAAGAAUCAAAUAGUGAAUGUCAUACCCUUCCUGAGGGUGAUAAAUUGGUGUUUAAAGCUGCUGAGGCUGCUGCUUCUGGCGCUGCGAAUGAAGGUGAAAUAAACAACCAAGAGUCCGAAAUGACCUCUUCAUCAGAAGAAAAAGCCCUACUGGUUGCAACAAAUSCCCAGCUCUCUGAAUCCCUGGAUGCAGACAGUGAAUCUGUGAUAAGUAUCCUUGACAAUGAGGAUGUGAUCCGUACUCAGUCUGAAAAUCACCUUGAGGGCAAAUGCGUGGUUUUACCUGAAGAAUGUAACUCUGAAGCAGCUGAAGUCCCUGUUUCUAACAAUCCUCCUAAAACUGAGGAAAUCAAUGUUAUUGAUGAUACCUCAGAACCAGCACCUGAAACAUCACCAUACACUGAACUAGAUCCAUCAGGCAAUCUUCAUUAUAACUAUGAAAAUAUAGAGCAACAGUUUGCAUGUGAUUUGCSUGAUAAUAAAGAAUGUGAUGCAGCUGAAGGAGAUGGAGACCUUUUUCUAUCUCAGAGUAAUUUUACCUUAGUUUUGGAAGGAGAAGAAGGGGAAGCAGAGAUGGCCGACCCUACAUCAGUWGAUGCUUGUAAACCAGAUGACACAGCAGCGGAAAAGCCUGUGACCAAUUUAGGAAAUACUGCAAGCCAGGAACAUGUUACAAACUCAGUAUCCACUGUAACUGGAGAUCAGGAAUCUCAAAAUAUUGCAGAGUCACUCCCAUAUGUGCCUGAACCUAUUAAGGUUGCCAUUGCUGAGAACUUACUGGAUGUAAUCAAAGACACAAGAAGUAAAGAAUUUACAUCUGAAGCUGUAGAACAAUCUAUUCAUGAAACCAUAGGUAAAAAGGUAACUAGAUUCCAGAAGGCAAAAGCUCCCUUAACACCUGUACUAGAAGCAGUGGGAGAGGAGACCAGCAGACAUCAGUAUGGCGUUGCUCCUAGAACACGCACAAGAGGACAGCUGAGUAGAAGUCCAAGUGUUCUGUCAGCAGGUGCUCAGCAGCUGCUGAAGACAGACAGCCCAGCUUUGCUUGGACUGACUCCUCGGAGAAGUACCAGACGAGCAAGAGAAGCAUCUGAGAUUCCCAGUGUCCAGACAGGGGAGAAUGCUCAAGAGGAGCAAAUACCUGUGACACCUGUUACUCCUAGGAGAGGUAGGAAACCUAAAGUGUCUAAUUUGGAAAAAACAGAAAGCAGCCAUUCUGAUGGACAAACCUUGUCUGACAGUAUGCAGUCUGUAGCUGUUACUCCCAGAAGAGGAUUAAGGAGAGCAAAAGAAGCUGCAUCUGAACUCAAAGAAGAGGCUCAUGAGGAAACGCCUCUUGCUGAGGGCAGCAUUAUUGCUUCUUCUGCUUCCAAACGGACUAAGGGAGGAAAAAGUUCAGAUGGAAAUCCAGAAACCGGCAGUACUGACACUGAUCAUAAGGUAAAAACAGCAGUCAGUCCCAGUAGAAGUGCAAGAAAAUUGAAAAGCUUUAAUUUGCAGUUUACUGAAGAUACUGUCAAGGAUCAAGAGGUGCAGCUUAGUGACCAGCUUCUUUUACCUGUGCCAGCUAAAAGAGGCAGAAGAAGAAAGAUUAGUUCAUCAGAAGUUUUGGAAAAUUCUGAUCUUGAUCUGUCUAAAUCAUCACUUCCUCAAACAGAAUUUAAACUUCCUGUCACACCUAGAAGAAGUGCUAGGAAGGCAGCACAAAAUCUCUUGGCAGACCCAGCGGCUACCUCUACUCAGGAACAUGUACAUUCGGGUGGGAAAUUAGAAGUCCUUGAUACUCCUAAGAGAAGAAAUAGAAGAAUACCACAUGAGAAUCCAGAGAAAGUGGAUACUCAGGAGCAAACACCUGCAGAGCCAAGUGAGGAGCCAGCCACACCCAGGACUAUGGCAAGGACAGGGCGUCGGGGCAGGAAGAAGCGAUCAAUGUCUGAAGAGACCUCCCAAGGACCUGCUGGCAGUCCUUUGCUGCUUGAAGACAUAAACCCAUCAGGACAUGAUCAGCCAUCAAGAGCUCUGACAGAUCGUGUAACAAGAACCAGAUUCCGUAGAACUGGCAUCCAUCAGAAACUGUCCGUUGAAGAAAAUGAGGCUUUUCUUUUCUCUCCUCCUCUCACAAAGCUGACAAAGAAAUUUGAAGCUGGAAAAGCAGACCAUCCUGUGCAGUUUAAGGAUUUAGACCCGGAGUUGUCUUCUCAAUUUGUCUUUUCACCCCCUCUUUUGAGGUCGAGGAGAAAAAAUGUAGCUAACAUUUCCCGAAUUGUGAAAGAAUCAGAACCUCCAGCUAAAGAGGAAGAGGAUACCAAAUCCAUAGAGUCUGAGGGAAAGCAAAAAUUGAAGAGAGGUAGAACUCCAAAAUCAAAAACGAAGAAAGCAAGCAAAACCACAAAAGAAGGUUCUUGGUCACCUCCACCAGUGGAAAUAAAAUUCAUCUCUCCUUUUGGAAGUCCAGUGGAUGGAACAAAAACCAAACAGAAAGAAACUACAGAUGCAGCAGGGAAGACUCUAAGAAAGAACAAAAAAAGACUGUCUAAUUUUCCAAAGCCAGUUGUGCGCCGGAAGAUGCUGUAACUGUUUUUUAAGUUUAUAAUGUACACCACUGUAAAGUCAUCAAAAUUGUGUGAAUUAGUAAAAAAUAAGAAGAAUCAUCUAAUUUGGAAGAGAUAAUUUAUAUAAAUUAUUGUAAAAUUUCAUAAAAAAAUGGUCUUCAGUAAGUAACUCCAUAUGGAGUGUGAUUUCCUCAGUCAGUGCAGUUUUCUAUUUUAUAUUAAGACUUCAUACAUUUAUAUAAUAUGUAAAUACAGCUUAUUUUAGGAAUGUUAAAUAAAAAUGUAUACUUCACAAUGUGCUUAUUGUCUGAUAGCUUUCUGAGGGAAUAUUGGGUUGAAUGACCAGAAUUGCUCAGAACUUUUAAUAUUGGUUUGUGGGAGUUACAGACUCUCAAAAGUGAUUCCAAAAGCUUUUUAAAAAUUUGUUUAGAAUUCCUAUAACAGGUAAACAUUUUAAACACAGUAGUUUUCAUUUUAGAAAUUAUGUUUGACCUUCUGGCUCAAAUAAUUGGACUUACAAUAGAAACUGGUAAUUCCUUACAUUCACGGUUAAGUUGUACUGUAUUGAAGUCAGAAUGUAAACAAUUGUGUUUUAAGCUGUGCAAUAUUUUUUUUUGUAUUUGUCUUAAACUUUGGGAAAGCUGCUCUUCAGUUURUAAAACCAGAUCACACCUCAGACGUGUCAUUAUUUCUUGAGAUUUGUUGUCAGCAAAAAGUUAACUGUAGAGAUGGUGUGAUGCUUACAAUAGCAUAUCAAAUUUAAAGGGAUACUACCCAGRUACUUUGAAAUUUGAGGCAAAAUUAUUUUCGUAAUAUGACUGCUAUUAUAAUUGAAAUACUUACUGUCUGUAAACAUGCUUUGCAGUAUUUGAAGCCUGCAUAUCACAGCACUGAAACCCUGAUGGUAAAGCUAAUAUAACAGUCUGAAAAAGGUACAAAAAUGUACCUUAGUUACAAACCGUAUUUUURAAUAAUUAUUUCAUUAACAGUCUUGGGUUAAGGAAUAUAUGUCCCUAUAAGUUUCAAUUUGUAUAAAUAAAGUCACAAACCUAUUCUUUUAAAAGCAGACAUGGAAGUACUAUUUUGAUGUGCAGUCUUUUAGACAAUGGAUUAUUUUUCUGUAUGUUAAUUUAUAUAUGGAUGCAACUUUGAAGACUACAGAAUGGUGGAACCUGAUAUUAAACUUUUCAAUUAGUAAAAACUGCUACAGUUAUUUUAAACACAAUUUUUUUAUUAACUGAUACCUUGUACAUAGUGAAUGAAUGUCUUAAUAACAGACUGACCUUGUGAAAGAAGAUUGUUCUGGGGCCAUGAUUUUUUUAUCGCAGAAUAGGCCAUUCUGGAGAAGCAAUUGCAUGCACUUGGAUAUUUUUCAUGGGGGAGYAUUCAUGACUGAAGGAGAGAUUAAAGAAAUGUCAGAUGUUUACAGUGUGAAAGUGACAGUUUGCUUGAGACUUUGCAGUCAAGUUAGUCAUUCUUUGUGUAUUUUGUACUUGAAUGACAGUAUAAAUAUGGCCAAAGACAAAAGGGGAGGGAAGUUCUGGCAAUUUUUUCUUUAUAUUCGCGUUGCACAGAAGUGCAAUGAAUAGCUCAGAAAAUGGGGUAAAAGGUCAAAUUUUUAAAAUUGGAAUAGAUGGCAAAUCUGAUUGUUUUGUAUAGUGUGCAAGAGUAUUGAUAAAAUACGCCUAUUACUGUCAAAUGGAAUUGAGGGCUGAAAUGCUAGUGAAGAUUGCUUACAGGGUUUUAACACAUAUUUCAUUUUUAUGUAUGUGUGUAUUUUUUUGGUAUAAAAAUCAGUUAGAACAAAUGAAAACAGCAUUAGCUGUUUUUACUGAUUUUUAACCUUUAUUURCAGCUCAUUGAAAUUAUCCUCGUUUGGCUGUACUAAGGAAGAAAGCAAGCAAUGGCAAUAAAAGACAAUUGGCAUUAGAUUUAAUAAUGUCCUAAAGGUUUGCAAUUUUCUAGUAAUUUUUUACUUAAUUAAAACUCCCUUUAUGUGUUAAAAUGUUUACUAUUUUUUUCCGUUUUUGUAACUUUGAUUCAGUGCAUAGUUC